GCCGAGGGCCGCCAGCUGCCAGAAUGGACAUGGCGGCCGGACGCACCGGAGUUCUGCUGGCUGCCCUUGGUGUGCUUAUUGUCUGUGUGGCCAACGGCUCUGGGCCUGUGGCUGAAGGAGAGGCGAGCGGGGAGGUGGAGUGGGUGGAGCCAUGGGACGGCGCGGUUUUCCGGCCGCCCUCGGCCCUGGGCGCGGUGGGGGUGGCGCACAGAACCGGGACUCCGCAGCUGGGAAGGCAGGAGACAGCGGACUUGCCGGUGCUGCUCUGGUGGAGCCCUGGACUAUUUCCCCAUUUCUCAGGCGACUCGGAGCGCAUUGAGUGCGCGCGCGGCGCGUGCGUGGCGUCCCGCGACCGACGAAUGCGGGGGAACACGCAGACGCGCGCGCUGCUCUUCUACGGCACCGACUUCCGCGCGUCUGACGCGCCGCUGCCGCGCCUGGCACACCAGAGCUGGGCGCUUUUACACGAGGAGUCGCCCCUCAACAACUUCUUGCUGAGCCACGGCCCGGGCAUCCGCCUCUUCAAUCUUACCGCCACCUUCAGCCGUCACUCGGACUAUCCCCUACCACUGCAGUGGCUGCCCGGGACCUCCUAUCUGCGCCGCGCGGCGCCUCCUCUCCAGGAGCGUGCUGAGUGGCGCCGUCGCGGCUACGCACCACUACUCUAUCUGCAGUCCCACUGCGAUGUGCCUGCGGACCGGGACCGCUACGUGCGCGAGCUCAUGCGUUACAUCCCGGUGGACUCCUACGGCAAAUGCCUGCAAAAUCGGGAGCUGCCCACCGCGCGGCUUCAGGACACGGCCACAGCCACCACUGAGGACCCAGAGCUCUUGGCUUUCUUGUCCCGCUAUAAGUUCCACUUGGCCCUCGAAAAUGCCAUCUGCAACGACUACAUGACAGAAAAACUGUGGCGCCCGAUGCAUCUGGGUGCUGUUCCAGUGUACCGCGGCUCUCCUUCUGUGAGGGACUGGAUGCCGAACAACCACUCCAUCAUCCUUAUUGACGACUUUGAGUCCCCUCAGAAGCUGGCAGAAUUUAUUGACUUUCUGGAUAAGAAUGAUGAGGAAUAUAUGAAAUACUUGGCAUAUAAGCAACCUGGGGGCAUCACCAACCAGUUCCUUCUGGAUAGCUUGAAGCAACGGGAGUGGGGAGUGAAUGAUCCUCUACUGCCUAACUACCUGAACGGCUUCGAGUGCUUCGUUUGUGACCACGAACUGACUCGGCUGGACGCCGUGAAAGCCCAUGCAGACUCUCCUGGGGACAUCCCUGUCCCUGAGCCUCACAUUGCCCAACCCGCUCACAUGGACUGCCCAAUGCCCAAACCUGGCUUUGGUAACUUGGAAGAGAUUCCUGAGAAUGACAGCUGGAAGGAGAUGUGGCUGCAGGAUUAUUGGCAAGGUCUGGACCAGGGAGAAGCUCUCACUGCCAUGAUCCACAACAAUGAAACUCAGAAGAGUAAAUUUUGGGAUUACCUGCAUGAGAUCUUCAUGAAAAGGAACCAAAAUCUCUAACUGCCCUUGUAAGAGCUUUUUACUUGGAAGAUCUAAGGAGAUCUUAUUUUAUCAUGGCAUACUUUCUUUUUUCAGAGACAAGGGCUUACUGCAUUGCCCAGGUUGGCCUUGAAUUCUUCCUGCCUCAGCCUCCCAUUUAGCUGAGACUAAAGGCACAUGCCAUUGUGCCCAGACAAACAUUCUCUUAUCAUGGAUUUAGUUAUCUUAAUGAUGUGUUACCAAGGUCUCAACAUGUGGUAAUAGGUCUCCAGGAGAGAUGGAGGCAUCCAGUUCUUGGUUCAUUGGGAAACAGAAGCCUAAAACACCCAUUUGACACAAGGUGCUGGCCCAAAAGAGUUUUUAAAGGACUGUUCACUUCUCUAGCUCUUUCAUCCUCUCAAUUUUGAGGUAAGAUGGGCCAGGUUACUUCUUAAAAUUUCUGUUCUAUUUCCCAAACUCUUCCUUAUUCUGUACCUUUCCCAAUAAUCUCUUUUCCUCAUCUCUUGCUUUAUGAACUGUUAAGCUGGUAGGGAAGCAAAGCUUCUGGUGUGUUUUAUUCUGGUUUUCUGAGGAAGUUUUUGUUUUGUUUUGGUUGAGUCAGGAUCUCAUUCUGUUGCCUGAGCUGGUCUCAAGUAAACCUCUUAUCUCAGCCUACAAGUAGCUGGGACUACAGGUGCACACCACUGUGUCCAACUCUUGGGGCCAUAUUUUUCAUAUUGUUACAUUACUUUUCACAUCAGAUAGUUUAUUUUAAAUGGCCUUUUUCUAGUUUUAGGUUCUUUCCCACAAUUUCAGAUGGAGAUACAUAAACCUUGCCAUCACUUUUUUACUGCUGGUUUGUUUUUAGGGUACAUCUGGAAUUCUAUUU